GGCGCGCUCUGCUUGUCACCACUGACUGCUGCACACGGAGGAAACGGUACGCUGCUCUCUCUCGGGCUGUGCUCAGACCCUAUCUCUUAUCUCACCCGCCCUCAGUCUGUUUGCACGCAAAACAGUCCGUUGUUGACUGGAAUACGAUACGAAGAUCCUGCUUCUAGGCAGGUUUUUCUACAAGUGUUCUACUGCUCAGUAUGCCAGAACGCAUGGACUAAUUUAACGACGAUGGCUUCGUUGCGAAUGGUCGCCAAACUCCGGGCUGGAGUUGUCGGAUGUACUAAACCGUUCCGCUACGCACUCAAAACAACCCGAUCUCCGGUGAAAUUACUGCAUACGGACCAUCCCAGACAGCCACAGUGGAGAUGUCCUCCCCAAGUGGUCUUCUGCAGUACUGUAGCACCCUCUAGUGAUGUGGUGUUGCAGUAUAAACAUGGACGACCGGUGCUGGCUGUGCCGCUACCCUCCAGGCAGGAGAGCUGUCUGUUCUUCCUCAGGCCCAUGUUAAUGACUGUAGGAGACCUGAUCCACGACCUGCAGAGAGAAGACCCAGGAGUCACCUCUGCCUCUGUGCUCACCAAGGAUGGUGCACGGGUAGCUAACAGCACCUCUAUAGACAGUCUCCUGGACAAAGACUUCCAGCUCCUCAUCAAUGAUGCUGUAUACAACAUCCACUCCCCUGAAAGAGGUGAAGCAACUCUUUCCCAAAACAUAGAGGCGUCCAGUGUGUCCAGUGAGCAUGUGGUGGACGUGGAGGACAUGAAGCACAUGGUGCAGCUGCUCCACACGGCCCUCCACCUGCCUGACCACCACCUGCUGAAGGAGAGGCAGCUGCUGGAGAGACUGGAUGGACUCAAACAGGACCUCUCACCUCUGGAACAGGUGAAGGCACAGCUGGCGCGCAGUGCAGAGUUCCACUCCUCCAGGACUCUGUGGACAGGUGUGGCCCUGCUGUCUGUGCAGGGCGGGGCCUUGGCCUGGCUCACCUGGUGGGUGUACUCCUGGGAUGUCAUGGAGCCCGUCACCUACUUCCUCACCUACUGCACCAGCAUCGGAGUCUUCUCCUACUAUGUCCUCACCAAGCAGGAUUAUGUGUAUCCAGAUGCCAAAGACAGGCAGUUCCUGUAUUACUUCCACAAGGGUGCCAAGAAGGAGCGCUUCAACGUGCAGAAGUACAAUGAGCUGAGAGAGGAGUUGGCUUCGGUGGAAGAAGAUUUGAGACGUCUAAGGAAUCCAACCCAACUUCAGCUCCCUGUAGAACAGAUCCAGAGCCAGCCAUGAAGAGCAGCACCACACACACACACACCGUCAAACUGAAGGACUACUGAGCAGCAGCAUUUCUUCCCAUUUAUUUUGAUAACAAUGCAUUUUUCUUACUAACCCUGCAGAUCAUUUUAGAGUUUUGGUUUACACCGGUUACAAUGUUGUAAGUCAUUUGUGGUAAUAGAAGUAUAGUAAUAAAUAUCAUAUGAGAAAGCAUCUUCCUGAAUACUAACCAUAUUUUCUCUGCAUUCCUGGCCAUUGCCGUAAUUCAAUAUAGUAGCUAGUGUCAUUUCUAUAGAAGAGCAAAGUUAUGAAUAGUGAUGUGUAUAUAAUGAGAUGAUCCAUUCUGAACGUUUACAAAGAUUAAGAGGAACUGAGACUGAACACAAAUUACAUUUCAAUAUUUUAUUUCAACAGUUUUACAACUGUCAUUUUAUAAAUGAGAGAUUCUAACUCAAUAGGAGCCCCACGCACCUCUCCAAAUGCUAUUAGUGCAAACCCAAUCUCCCAAAAGGUCAGAGAUACAUUUCCCUGGUGGACCACAAAACAAGAAAAGUACAUUACUCUUACUAAGCAGUGGUUCCUUAUAUUCACCCAUGGAGACUAAAAUGGUCCUCAUUUUCUUGAACAAUUCAGAAAUAGAAACAUGAAUUGGUGUCCAGCACUCAGGUUCACAUACAAAUGAGUAAUACCUCAUGCAUUGUCAUUGCUUUAGUAAAUAUCUCCCAGGUGACUAACAAUUAUUUAUUUGUUAAACAUAAGAUGGUCGGUUGAUUGGUACCCUGAGUUGUCUUAUCUGAGUUACAUAAUGCACACGUGCGCAUAUUUUCUGGCUGAAGAAUAUGCCUGUAGUCAUGUGGUGUAUAAAAAUGGUAUUUAAAAAGAUUGGUACUGUUAAAGUUGUUCAGUAUUGGAGCGACAGGUAGCCAAGUGGUUAGAGAUGCGAGCCAGCAACCAGAGGGUUUCCAAUCCCAGCCCAGAUGGGAUGUGGGGGGGGGUGUAAUUGACCAAUAAAGUAUCUUAAGUUGAAAACAGUUGUCAAAUACCCUCAAUAACAAAGAACAAUGGUAAAAAGCUGUUAUUUUUUAUAGUUAAUUAAAAGGCCAUUGAUUUGAAUGACCAAACAAAGGCACCAUAGUGGCAGUAAACAAUGUAUAGGACUGAUUUUCCUGAGUCAGAGUAGUACCUUAGGUCAUGUGACCAAACCUGCAGUGUUUACUUAACGUCUUUUAGACACUUGACUCCCUGAGGUACUUUCCACAUUGGAAUUUGUUCACGUUUAGCCUGCCACUUUCAAAACAUGUAAAACUACAUUUGAGUUGUAAAGGCUAAGCACAUCCAAGUACAAACAGAAACAACACAAAUUCCCUUUUGACAGAACAAGUGGGGAGACAACAUAUUGAGGCACAUCAUUGUCUGUCUUUUCAUCUUGUCUACUACAGAGGACCAAAUGGGGCAGUGGGUACAGUGGGUCCCUGGCGUAAUAGGUUGGAGGUUGUGGGUUUAAUCCAUAUAUAUUGUGCUUGAUUGACAGUUUCUGUAACUGUCGAUGUCUAACAUACAAAGAGAAGCACUUCAAGUGUGAAGGAUUUGGGGUUAAAUCUCAGCCCUGCAACCAAGCUGUUGUGGGUUCAAAUCUCUACUCUUGUGAUUUAGUGUACGUUGUCGAUGUCAACCAUAUGAAUAUAUGUGUUUUGAAGUGUGAAGCUAUCGGUGGCACAGAUUUAAGGCUUGUUCCUGUGAGAUUAUGGGUUUGAUCCCAGUCACUGAAGUGUGGUUCUAUUGACACUGUAGUGGUUGGAGGACUGAUGAGGGUUAAUACCUGGGGUUCACAUCCCUGUAACCAGCAGUGGUUAUGCGAGAAGAUGCCUGUAUCUCAAGAGAGAUACUAAGUGUUUAUUUUUUUAAGGGAUUUCCCCAUGAAUACACUUCAGGAACUAACACUUAUCUUGGUCAUUUUGACAUUUGCGCAAAUGUGUAGUAGACUAAAGCACAAGAGGCAGGGAUUUAACCCCAGAGCCACUUCUUCCUUUAAACGAUGUGCACAUUUCUUUGUAUAUUUGACACAGAUAGUUGAUGUAAACAAAUCAAGCCCAGGGACCCACUACUCAAUGCUAAGAAUUAGCAGUAUUCUCUCGAGAAAGGCCUUAAGGGACUGGUGAUGCAAAAUCCUUUACUGACUAAGAAUCCCCUCUUAACAAAUAGCUAUCCACAAACAGACUGAGAAUAAAGUCAUUUGAAAUGUUAAUGCUCAAAUUACCAUUCUCAUGUCACUCUUUUACCUGCCCUGCAGGUACAUCCCAUGACCUCUGUCAACACCAACAGGGAAAGCCUGAAGCCGAGCAGCCAAGCAGGUUUCACCAGUAUAGUACAUGCUUUGUUUUAGGUCAGUUUUGCCACCACAGAAUGUGUGUUAAAAUAACACUGCAUACACAAUCAUCAGCCAAUGACAUGAUCUCCAUUUGGUUUCAUAGGAAAGAAGAUUAGAAUAAAGGGAAUAUGCACAGUUU